AAAUGGUUUCUAGAAAGAAGAUGGACCUUCAGACGAGUCUGCUCAAUCAGGUGCUGAAAAUGUUAAAAAGCGCAGCAGUUCGUCAGAUUCGGAUGAGAACUUGGCUAUUUUAAGAGAAAAAGAAAAAUUAAGGAGGGAGGAGGCCAAAAAGCAGAAGCCAUUGUCCAAGAGGUCUCAUAAGAAUAAACAUGAUAAAGAAAAGGAAGCGUCUGAACAGUCAUCGGAGGAGGAGUCGACGAAGAAGAAAUCUCAGAAGAAAAGAGGGCGACAAAAGGAAGCUCAUGAAGCGUCGCAGAGUGCUGCUUCUGUUCGAUUGUCGAAACUAAAGAAGAUGGUGAUUUUAGCGGGAUUUCGGAUCCCAUACAAGAAGCUAUUUGAAGAUGUGGCAGAUUCUGAUCGCCAAAGGGUAAAAGCUCUGGAAAAGGAGAUGGAAAGACGAGGACUAACUCCUCCUUUCACCAUGGAAUCCUGUAAAGCGUUCAAACUGCGGAAGGAACAGGAAAGCGAACUAGCAGAGCUGUCAAAAAACAGUAUUAUCGAUUUAGGUGAAGAAACGCAUGGUAGAGUUACCCGACGACAACAUCAUGAAGCGUUAGCUCGUAAAAGCCACAGAGAAAUUAUUUUCGAGGAGAGCAGUUCUGAAGAAGAUGAAGAAGAGAUAGAGGAGAUUGAGCAUAUGAAGGAAGAAACUCAAAAUUUGUUUAAGAAUUUGCGAGGCAUUGUUAGUGAUGAUGCAGAUUCGGACUGA